AUGAGCAAGAAAGGAGACGAAGAUAAAAAGAGUGAACAUAACGAAGAGGAAGAAAAGUUAGCACAGCUGGAUAAAGAAGAACUAGACAAAAUAGCUGAUGAAGACGAGGAAGAUCUCAAGUUGCUGAAGGAGAAAUUGAACAAGAUGAAAGAGAUGAAGGUGCCAACUGACAAAGACGACUUGAUCAAAUACCUAAUGGAUCGUUUAGACUACUCUGAACAAGCAAUUGUUGAGGCUGAAAACUGCAUCACUAACGAAAAAGCGAAGCGCCUUCAGCUGAAAGAUGAACUUCAAGAAAGAAAUGACGAAUUAAGAAAAAUAGUAGAGGGAGAGAAGAAAACGCUUCAGGACAAGGUUCAUCUCGAGCUUGAGAAAACCCUCAAUGCUGCUAUCCAAGCCAAGGUCAAGGCAGAGCAGGAGCUCAAAGCCAAGACUAAUGAGUGCAAUGAGCGUGAUAUGAUGUGUCAAGAACUUGACCUUCAAUCAAUGCGUCUCCGCUUUGAAACAAGAGAAAUCAGAGCCAAAGAUGAAAAGCUCGAGUCUGAAUCUAAUGAAAUGAAGACUGAACUCGAAAAGCUCAAGACCGAAGGCAAGACUCUGAAGGAAGAAAAUACUAAGCUGAAUGUUGACAUUGAAGAAGCCCAUGCAGUUAUUAAGAAGCUUGAUGAGGCUAGAUAUACCCUCAACAGACUUUUAGGCCCUAAUGGAGUCCUUAAUGAGAGAGAAAGACAGAAGUUCCUCAAGCAGAGAGGAGAGGAAGAAUACGACAUGAAUAUGGAGAAUGAAGCUCCUAUGAAUCAUAACCCAGCCAAUGCUGGAGGAGCUUCUGGAGUUGGAGCUGCUAGUAGAAAUAUGCUAGGAUCCAAUAAUGAAUACUUCUACAAUGACCCAAAUAAUAACGGCGGUGAAGGAAAUAAUGAUGAUGACUUCUGGUAUGGUGCUCCUAAGGAAGGAGCAAUCGACCAACCUGGACCAGGUGCUGGAAAUGAGUACCAAUCCUAUAUCGGAAAUACUCAACCGGUCGAUCCAAACACUUAUGGAAGAGGAAAUCAGCUCGGAGUUCGUGGAAGAUAA